AUGGAUUUGAGACUCAUCAUAGAUCGUAAUGACUGGUUUCCGGCCACGUUGACGAACCUUGCCCAUAUUGAUAAAACCAGUACUAGGAUUAAGGCCAGGCUAACCCCAACCCAGUUAGACAUGUUUAGGCAAACAUGUUUCGGUCCUAUUUUGGACAUAGACGUUGUUUUCAACGGUCCAUUGAUCCAUCACCUGUUGUUGAGAGAGGUUGAAGAGCCUAGACAGGACGUCAUUAGCUUUGACUUGUUUGGGAAGAGGGUGUCUUUUGGUAAGCGAGAGUUCGACCUAAUCACCGGGCUCAGUCAUAGGAUGAAUAGGGUAGAUAAUCAUAUUCCUGGACGAAGACUUAGAGCACGUUACUUUAAAGACGGUGUUAGGGUUAAGUGUAGUGAGCUGGAGAAGAUUUUUUUGGAGGACGUUUUUUACGACGACGAGGAUGUUGUGAAGGUUCGCAUAGUUUACUUCAUAGAACUUGCCAUGAUGGGGAAGGAGAGGAAACAGUUCAUAGAUACGGCCCUGUUAGGUGUUGUGGAUCGGUGGGAGGUGUUCUGCAACUAUGACUGGAGUUCGAUGAUUUUUGAUAGGACGAUUUGGAGUCUCAAGAACGCCCUGAAGGAUAAACUGUCGGUGUACCAACAGAAGGCAACAGCAGACCCCUCACACGUUGAGACUUAUAGUCUAUACGGGUUUCCGUACGCAUUUCAGGUAUGGGCGUAUGAGACGAUCUCUACCUUGAGCGAUGACGCCAUUCCUCGACUACUCAGGUGGUCGUGCAUUUAUUCGUGCGGGUUUCGUGUGCUGACGAGUGAGGUUUUCGAUAACACGCGCUCCAAGGUUAAGGAACACUUGUUGGCGACGGAUGCUAAGGAACAACACAUGGUUCGUGUCAUUCUUCCACCAGAAGUUCGUGUUAUACCUGAUCCGCCUGCUGUACCUGAUCGAGCUGUUGUACCUGACCCGCCUGCCUCACCUGAACGGGCAGCUGUACCUGAUCCGCCCGCUGAUGUGGAAAUGGGUCCUCUGGAGGAUCCGGUAGUAGAUGCACAUGCGGUAGACGAGGCUAGACCCAGUGCAAACGACGGUGAAGGGUUAGAGAAGAGGUUGAAGAAGAAUAAAUUCAAGAAGAGGAUCAGCAGACGGUUGAAGAGGCUGGAUAACUGUGUCGGUGCUAUCGAGGACAAACUGGGUGACUUUGGAGUCGCCUUGAAAGGUAUUCAGAUAUACCUAAAGAAACUGGCGAAGGGUAAAUUCCCUGAUUCGAGCAAGUAUUUCGGAGGUGGGGGUGGGCCCGAUGAUGACGGUCCAUCGGAUCAAAGGCCUGAUGAGUCCCCGAAGCCAGAUGGAGGUCGGAAGAGUAUGGACGAGGACCAGAGGUCUGAUGAGGACCAGAGGACGGAUGAAGACCUGGAGACUGAAAAGGAACCGACGUCGGGACAUGGCGUCAGUACGCUGUACAGAUGUGGGCGCGCCGUCCCAUUUUUUGAAUAUUUAUGA